AUGUCAUGGAAUAUCAGAGGAUUAGGGAAACCUGUGAAGAGGGGGAGGAUUAGGAAGCUUAUUUGUGAUAGGAGGGUUGACUUUGUUCUAUUACAGGAAACUAAGAAAACCUCUAUCUCAGAAAGUGAAGUUAGAACCUUGUGGGGAAGGAGGGAUAUGGAAUUUAUGGCAGUAGAUUCAGAAGGGUUAGCAGGGGGACUACUCUGUAUUUGGGAUCCAAGCCUAUUUCAAUUGAAGAACUGUUGUUCCAAUAGAAGAUUUGUUCUCCUGUCAGGUACUCUCCUGAAAUCUUUUGAUUGUGUCAUACUAAAUGUUUAUGCCCCUAAUGAUGUGAAUGGUAGAGGUAUGCUUUGGGAUACUUUAAUAAAAUUAAAGUCUGACUUUCCAAAUCCAUGGUGCUUGGGGGGGGAUUUCAAUGAGAUCAGAUUUAUUGGGGAAAGGGGGGGCUGCUCUGGAAGGGAAAAAGGGCUGAAGGAACUAAAUGCAUUCAUUGAUAAAUGUGAGUUAAAUGAUAUACCAUUGCUUGGUAGGAAGUACACAUGGUGUAAUGCUCAAGAGGGGGAGAAAUGGAGUAGGAUUGACAGGGUCCUGUUAAAUCCUGAGUGGUUGCAAAGAUUUAACUUCAAGCUAUGGGGCCUUCCUAGAACCUGCUCUGAUCAUUGCCCACUCUUGUUAAUGGAAGAUGAGAGGGAUUGGGGGCCAAGACCCUUCCGGUUCAUUAAUGCAUGGAUUAUGCACCCUUGUUUCCUCUCUGUUAUGGAAAAAUUCUGGACUGAAAAUAGGAUUACUGGGAGUGCGGGGUAUAUUCUUCUUCAUAAACUAAAAUUGCUCAAGGGAGAGCUGAAAAAAUGGAACUCUGAAGUUUUUGGGAAUGUAGCCACAAAAUUAAAGGAGGCAGAGGUAGAGCUGCAUGGCAUCGACAUUACUGCAGAAGACAGAACUUUGUCUGAAUCUGAAAAGAAUAGAAGAAGGGAGGUGACAGGGGAGGUAUGGAAGCUUAGUAGGAUGCUGGAAAGGAUUUGGCAUCAGAAGUCUAGAGUAAACUGGAUCUUGAAUGGGGACAGGAAUACUAAGUUUUUCCAUGUUAUGGCCAGUAGCAGAAGGAAUAGAAAUUCAAUCAAUUCUAUCUCAAUUGAUGGAGUUGAUAUGAAGGAGCCAGAGACCGUACGACUUGCAGUCUUACAGCACUUUAGGAGGCAGUUCACCGAAAGCUGGGCAAUUAGACCAACUCUGGGAGGCAUUUUUAAGUCAGUUGCAGCUAGUGAUGCAUUUUCUGACCUGGAAGCUGCUUUCUCUGCAUGUGAAGUAAGGGCAGCUAUCAUGGACUAUUCACACCUUGUUACCAGUUUACCUGACUCCGAUACGUACAAUGAUGAUUUCUUACAAGUUGAGGCCUCUCGUUUCGAACGAAAGCCGAACCGAGAGAAUGUUGAGGCCAUAAAAGCUGCCCUGAGGUAUAAAAAGAGAUCUGCACCUGAGUUGUUGGAUUACCAGUCUACUUACCGCUCCGUUAUUCCAAAGAAAGCAAGGCUUGCUGCUACCCUUCUGGACUUUGAUACCGAGACCAACACGUCUCUCACUCCUCUGGUCACGAGCCAUCGCAGGAGUCAGGGUGCACUUUCUGGUUGGUCUCACUUUGCAGAGUGA